GGAUAAGUGCAGACGUGCACCUGUGGUGUGUGGUUUCCAUUCCGUGUUUGAAUUUUUCCUUUUUGGGUUUUGCAGCAUGAUGCAUUUUGGAGAUAGAUGUAAUUCUCAGAUGUAUAUAAAUGUACAUCGUGUGUGUGUGUGUGGGUGUUGUGGGGGGUUUGAGUAGGUCUACAUGACUGUGUUAAAACAUGCCAUUCAAUGCUGAGAUUUCUAACACGUUUUAUCUCGCUAAUUACCUUCUGCAUGUUUUUAGCGACGGGAUCAUGUACGCAUGCUGCAUGUUUAUGGUUUUAUUUAUAGAGUGCAUCACAUUUGUAAAGCUCGUCAGUCAAUGUCGGUUGAACGUACAUACUAACAAACAUUCAUUGAGGACAAUAAGUUAUUGUAUAAGUAAGUAUUCCUUUCGUUAAGUCUGCAUGAGCGGAGAUCAGAGUUUAUUGACUAAGUUUCCCAAAACCAUUGUGGUGUCAGGAGUAAAAACGACACACGCAGUAUCAGUUUAAACACUUCACUGAAAAUGACCCGAACGCUAUGAUGCCCUUUUUUUUAUUUAUUUAUUUUUUUAAUGCACUCGCUGUUGCCGCAUAUUUAUUUGCUAUAAAUGAGCUGAUAUGAAAUAUGGGUGACACAAAGAUUGGCAUAAUGAUAAUGUACGUUACAGUAUCGUAUACUUAAUGGGAAUCAUCAGUUCUUUAAUAACUCUGAUCAGAACAAGAGAUUUAGAUACAUUAUAUCAAGAUGCAUCAAGGUUUGUCACUCUGUUAAAUAUGUUGAUUUAAUGUAGCAAUUUGUUGUCAUCUCAUUAUGCCUGUCUCUUAUUUAUCUAUAUUUUAUGAAAAUAAGCGAGGUGUGUGGUGGACUUGGUAAACCCUAAUAUAUGAAGUUUUGAAACAUAGUUAUAGCACUUCAAAAGGGACAAAAUUGCAUUUAAAGAUUCCCUUGCCAAUUCCUCUGAUGCACUGAAUUGCCUAAAAGCAAUUGCUAUGUAUUUAUUUAUUUAAUUGCCAUUUAUUUGAUCAUGUACUGAAGCAAGUGUAUAGCAAAAAUCUAAUGUUAGUUAAUGGAAUAUAAUAAAACUAAGUUUAUCUCUUUAUACCAGCCUUUAUUCAUAGCCUAUGGCCGUUUUUGCAGCUGUAUUUGUUAAUCUGGCUACACAUCUAUUUAACCUGAUCUGUGCAGAAAGCCUAGGCAAGUUUAGAAAGUUACUAAAACAUUUCGGCAUCUUUCUUGGGGGGGAAAAAAAAGUGUCAUUUCCAGAAUUCAGCCACAGCAACAUCCGACGGGUUUUCCAAGAAGUUCCUACCCUCUGAACCGCUUGUGGUCAAAUUCGGAGAAGGAAAAAAAAAAAAAAAAAAAACCCCAAAACAACAACAAUCCAAUUAAAAGCUUAAAAGAAAUUUUCUUAUAAACAUGCGGAAGAUCUAGGGAACUCUAAAGCUCCCCGGCCCUUUCAGAGACAGCCCAGAACGUCAUAGGUUUAUAACACUAAUCCCUGACUUUUAUCGCUUUACUAAUCGCAGACGCUAUUUAAAAGGUGUUACUGUGAAAACGCCCUGCUGUUUUGUCUUCUCUUUUAUUGGAAAUAAUGAUCCUACUGAACUAAUUGGUGUUUCAUGACAGACUGUGAGUGAACAUCACACACGUUGGAUUACAGAAGGGGAUUAAAAUGAGAAAGAUAGACAUUGAGCUUGUGUUUUAGGUCCAGUAACACAAUCGAGAUUGGAUGAAUGCAUCAGCACCGGUUAUAUUAGAUACUUCAAAUGACAUUUGAUUAGGUCGGAGGUUAUCAAAGUGCUUCAUCUUGACAGCGAGCCCACUGGGACUGGAGAAAUACUGGACAUAUUUGCUUACCGAAGAGUACAUAACGUUUCAUAAGUGCGUACGAUGCAUUCUCAACAGCCUGACAUUUGUACAGGAUUGUCGGAAAUGAUAGUAAACAUAUUUGCCGCACUGUCGAAUGUCAGCUACAUCAUUCAGCAAGCUGACCUUUCUCAGAGUGUUUGGACAGGAACAGCAUGGCCACAUGGUUUUGGUCAGCACUGUGAAUCCCCUGCUGUGCGUCCCUCCUUUUUCCUGUCCACCUCGAGGAACGAGGGAAGAGCCCUCUUCUGGUACGCGAUGUUUGAGGCCACUCGUACUCGCAUUAGCCCCUUCCUCAUCCGCUGAGGAAGCUGAGGAAGCGCUGGAAACCCCAGGAGAGGCAUCAACCGUUAACUCAUGCCUAUUAAAAGCAAUUGGGGGAAAGUUCACGUGCUCAGAUAUUGUGCAAGCACAAAUUCCCAAGGAGCUACACAAUAAAGAUCGUGGUGUCCGACACACUCGCCAGAAAUGCUAUUUGCGGCGGGUCUGAUUCGUCAUUAAAGUCCGUUGAGAAUGGUCAGGUAAACGAUCGCUCAACAUCCGUCCUCGGUUAUGUACUAGUGUGGGUUUUAAUGUUUUCUCCAGGGCUUUGAAUUAUUUGAGAGCAGGAGAUCAUGAUUAGUCAUGUGCUGGAAAGAUGGAGGAGUUGCUACGUCCUUACGUGUGUGUAUGCGUGUGAUGUGUGUGAAGAUGCUUUUUGGUCAAGGGCUGACGAAGAAAUAGCUCAGAUCAUUUGCUCGAAUUGCAGACUUUAUAUGUCCAGUCAGCUGUUGUCUAAAAUUUAUGAGCAAGAACUGUGAAGACCUAGUUGCUAAGCAGGGUACGGUACGGACAUUUCUCCUAUCGAGGACCUUUUCCAAAAAGUUAUUUUUUUGUGGAGUCCGAUUCAAUUUUGUGAGUCUCAACCACAGGGCCGGGCGAUAGGACAAAAAUAUCAUUUCACGAUACUUCAGGACAUUUCUACGAUACACGAUGCGUAUCACGAUAUAUAACUCAGCCAGCAAACUGUCUGCAAAACAGUAGUAAAAUAAACCAAAAAAAAAAAAACCUUAAACUGAGUUUGACGGUACUUUUCUUUAAUACCUACAAUCAUAAAAAAGAUUAAGUUAAAAAAUUAAAACAUUACCAUACCAACGAUAUCUCAGAAAAGUGUACUGUGUAAUCAUUUAUCACAAUAUCGAUAGUAUAUCGAUAUAUAUCGCCCAGCCCUACUUGACCAGGGCGUCUGCAUUGUAUGGCCUUUAUUUUGUGCUUAAAGCGAUUUUAGCAAAAUGACCUCACAAAAACUUAACAGAUUUACAAAUCAUGAGUCUGGGUUUUAGAAAAUGUUUCUAGCUAGCAUACGGUGUAUACCUUAAUUUCGAGUAACAAGGAUACUUAGCUAUACCCACUGGACGAAUCAUGCUGUUACGCAACACGAUGGAAUGAUCUGGAACAAGAGCUUAGCAGCAGGUUUAGUUUUCCUGAAACUCUAGCAUGUACCUGUGUAAUUACAUGACGUACGUGACAUUACGUUACAUAACUGUAUCACAAUAUCACAAUAUUAUUAGUCAUGUACUCUUUUUAAAGGUAAUAUAGGGAUGAAAUUAGUUAACUUUUGUCGUUUUUUUUUGUUUGUUUGUUUGUUUGUUUCUCAGUGUGGGUGGAGCUUCUAACCUGCCACGUUUCUUCAGACGUUUUCAGAGAAAUUUUGUCAUGGGAGUGCUGUGUUUGUGAAAGAUACGAAGCAAUACGAAACCUUACUUUAGCAAGAAAAGAAUGAGGCCCAAAUAAAACAGACAAAAUAGACACUCACAAAAGCAUAGGAACGAUCUGCUACUGAACUACUGCGCCUCAAGAGUAUUGAAAAAACUGCCAAAGAGGAACUACGUGCGGUUUCCUAAACAACCUUUCACUGGUAUGUUAACUAAAGAACAACUGAAGUGUUUGUGAAAGACGCGUGCCAUGCUCCUUCAGCAAUACGAAACCUUAUUUUAGCACACGACUGUCUUUAUGUUAGUUUCAAAUUGGGACAGCCUUUAUUAUCUAGGGGCAGUGAUGCUGGCCAAAAUUAUAGCCCGCCUGGGCAGACUCAUCCUGAAUGGAAAUUUGCCGUAUUGAUGGUAUUUUAAUGUUUACAUACUGUGCGUAUUAAAUAACAUGAUAUGCUGUAUUGUCUCUUAUUUGCAAAUGCCCGAUGUGCGUCAUAUAUGGAGUAUUCACUCCAGUGGGAAUGAAAUGUGACUUUAAAGUUUAUUCGGAAGGUGCUAACUGUGAUCGAGAGAUAUCGCAUUUGCGAAGUCAAAUCAAAUCAUUCGGCCCAUCAGCUAAAUACCCAGGCGUUAAUCAGCUCAACAUCGUGUGUCAGAAAAGCGCAUCUGCUCACUGCAUCCAUUUCAUUAUAGGAGUUUUGUAAUAACAAAUGCAGAACCAAAGUACAAAAAAAAAACAAAAAAAAACCCCUCUCAUAAGGCCACUAUCGGUCAUUAUGACUGUCAUGAUCAUAGGAUCAGAGUUCAAGAACUCAGCCAUGACGCUCAAAAUGUCAUGGUGCGGAGAAAGCAAUUUAUUACGUCAGCUUCAUUAUAUAAAUCUAUCCCGAGGAAGAAGUGAUCCGCCCGGCGUUCCGUAAAGAGAAGUGGAAAACAGAAAAGCAGUGGGUGAAGCAACAGGAAGUCAUCUGGCUAGCCGAACACCUCACAGCACAACCACAUGAUGGUUAGCUGUCUGCACUUUUGCUGAGCCCAUGAAGUGUAAAAAUCAAGUUCCUGUUAAAUUUGGUAGAACCACAGAAAUAGCCACUCACUCGCCCAGUUGCCAAAGGUGUCUUCACUGAUUACAGAGCUCAGUGCCACUGAGAAACGCAGUUCCGUGCCUUGGGGCUCAACACUUGGGUUUGGGAUAUGGUGGACACACAGACGUUUUCCUGGCCCACGGGAUUUGGCCUAAGUGCUCUGGACCUGGAGGGACUUGACGACAGCUCACACUCUCUGGACAUGAAGCCUUUCUCCACGCUCAAUGACUAUACACCUAUCUCUGGCAUCGAGUACGCACCUAGCCCGGGCCAGAGCGAGACGACGCACAUGAUGGAUCUGACGCAUAUGUACAACUACAGGGCCCAAGAGAAUAACUAUAGAGCUCAUGAGAACAACUAUAGACUGCAAGAGAACGGCUAUAGACCACAAGAGAACAGCUACAGACCACAAGUGAACAGCUAUAGAGCACAAGAGAACAGCUAUAGUGCACAAGAGAACAGCUAUAGAGCACAAGACACCGGCUAUAGAGCACAAGACACCGGCUAUAGAGCACAAGAGAGUGGCUAUAGGCCACAGGAAAGCAGCUAUAGAGCACAAGAAAGCAGCUAUAGAGGACAAGAAAGCAGCUAUAGAGCUCAAGAAAGCAGCUAUAGACCACAAGAGAGCAGCUACAGAACUCAGGAAGACAACUACAAAGUACAUGAAACCCAAAGUUCGAUUAAACUCGAGCCCGAGUCUCCACCACAGUAUGGCGAAAACAGCAUGGCGUUCACGAAACAGCACGAAGAUCCGUCCACCUCAGUUUUAAACAUCGAGUGUCGUGUGUGUGGGGACAAAGCUUCAGGAUUCCACUACGGUGUUCAUGCCUGUGAGGGAUGCAAGGGGUUCUUUCGCCGUACGAUUCGCCUAAAGCUAGUCUACGAUCAUUGUGACCUGCACUGCCGCAUCCACAAGAAAAGUCGCAACAAGUGCCAGUACUGCCGCUUCCAGAAGUGCCUGAUGGUGGGAAUGUCGCACAAUGCCAUUCGCUUUGGCCGCAUGCCCCAGGCAGAGAAGGAGAAGCUCUUGGCUGAAGUUUCCUCCGAUCUGGAGCACAUGCACCCGGAGGCGGCUGACUUAAGGGCCCUGGCCAAGCAUCUUUACGAGAGCUAUCUGAAGAACUUCCCCCUGACCAAAGCCAAGGCCAGGGCCAUCCUCUCAGGGAAAACCAGUGACAACGCUCCGUUCGUUGUCCAUGAUAUGAAGUCUCUGCUAGAGGGUGAACAGUUCAUAAACUGUCGUCAGAUCCCACGGCAGGACCAUCACAGGCAUCUGAAUGUGAGCUCAGUUCAGUCAGACCUGCAGCGCGAGGUGGAGCUGCGAUUCUUCCACAGCUGCCAGUCACGCUCGGCCGAGGCGGUCAGCGAGGUCACAGAGUUUGCCAAGAGCAUCCCGGGCUUCCUGAACCUCGACCUCAAUGACCAGGUGACACUGCUCAAGUAUGCCGUCAUCGAGGUCCUCAUCAUCAUGAUGGCGCCCCUCAUGAACAAGGAUGGCACGCUUAUCUCGUACGGCCAGAUCUUCAUGACACGCGAGUUCCUCAAGAGCCUGCGCAAGCCCUUCAGCGAGAUGAUGGAGCCCAAGUUUGAGUUCUCGGUCAAGUUUAACAUGCUGGAGCUCGACGACACCGACAUGGCUCUCUUCUUUGCCGUCAUUAUUCUCAGUGGAGAUCGUCCAGGCCUGCUGAAUGUGAAGCCCAUCGAAGAUCUACAGGAGAAUGUUCUCCACUCACUGGAGCUCCAUCUUAAAAUGAACCACCCGGACUCCCUCCAUCUUUUUGCCAAAGUCCUACAGAAGAUGACUGACCUGAGGCAGAUCGUGUCCGACCAUGUUCACUUCAUUCAGUUGCUCAAAGAGUCCGAGAUCAACAUGUGUUUACAUCCACUGCUGCAGGAGAUCAUGAAGGACCUGUAUUAGUGUAUGGAUUAGCUUGUAUUAGCUGAACACGUGUGAUCAUGCUUUGGUUUACUGCUGAGGGUCUUUUUUUUUUUCCGCCCGUCUGUAAACAGACAGAGGAAGAUGGAGUAAUCUGUUUAGCAGUAUCAGGAUGUUAGACAGAGAAGGUCACUUCUGCUAUAAUGGGAAAGGAAAUAUAUAUUUUAUAGGGAUGCUCCGAUCAGCAUUUUUGCAGCUGAUACCGAUACCGAUACCGAUCGUUCAAGCUUCAUAUGAGUGAUAUGUUAGCUUUCUGUUGACCGUCACUGUUAACCUUUUUUUUUUUCCCCCCAGAUAAAGUGAUACCACAGAUGUUGCCUUGGUUAUAUUCUUUACAGAAAUGUUGUAGAUUGUUGUUUUAAUUGAGAAUCAAAUAAAUAAGCACAACAAAUAUUCAUUUUAUAAUAAACAUGUUAAUAGGCUUUUAAAAAUACACGGCAAAUGGCGAAUUUUUCAUUGUUUCUUGAGACCUCGUAAUAAUUCCACACUGGUUUGAUGUUUAAACUUUAACGUCAUCGUGUGUUUUACGUGCUCACGUUUUACGCCAUCAAAUCGCGAUCGGUUCGUGAGAUCGGCCAAAUUUAGAGACUAACGAUCGAGUCAUAGAAUGUGAUUAUCGGCCGAUUCCGAUCGGAGCAUCCCUAAUAUUUUAUUGGGUUAAAAAAAUGCAUGCAAGUAUUUGGAGAGAACUGCCUGUAAACCUGGAUUGGAAAUGGGGUUUUUUUUCCUAAGAAAGUGCACCUUCGUUUAUAUUGUUUGCAAUAGCAGUUGGAGAGUUUUAAGAGUUAGUAAUAAAAAUGUGAUAUGUGAUAAACUCGGAACAAACCUAAAUGAUUUAACAUUUUAAAUUCUUUGCUGACAUGAACAGCUUAAAGUAACAUUAUCUGUGAAUGUUUUUUUACAUUGUUCUCACUGGGGAAUUAUACAUGUGAAAGCUUUAAUUUUUGAUUCUAUAAUGCCUUUUGUAAAUACUAUCAACAGAUUUGUAAUGCCAGCCUCUGUGCAGGACUUGUCAUGGCUGUUUUGCAUUGAAUGGUCGAUGAAAUGCUUGAAAUUGUAAAUAAAUAUUUUCACAUAA